GCCUCUCAUAUCCCUCCGCUGUUUUUGUCCCCCUUUCAGGCUGUUUUGGUCUUUUCGCUGUUAGCAACGGAAAGAAUCCGAGAUAGCUGCAAACCCGAUUUUGAGAUAAUAAUUAUAUAACAAAUUGACAAGAGGUGUAACACACAUGUUCAUUUCGGAAAAGUUACUAGAGCGUGUUGUCUUUUUUUAAAUAUAUUUUUUUUCAGUUUUAAUAGGAAUUGUACAGGUCGCUAAUUUAGCUAGCAACUGUUAGCCAGGCUAGCUGCUUAGCAAAGCAUCCUCCUGAACAGGCACGUUGACUUUAGCCUGCUGGCUAAGCUAGGUCUUCGGAUUGCCCAACGUUAGUGAGGUACCGCACACCGUCUCAUCGUCAAGAAAUUGCGGCGUGAAACUGGUCUGUUAAAGACGCUGUCUUUUAUGGGAUCACCAUGUCAAUGAAGGCCGGUGGAAAUCGCAGCAAGCCCGGCGGUGGUAGCACCGCCGGUGCCGCCGCCGCCUCCGGUGCCGGAGGAAGCGGCGGGGGAAGACAGAAUCUGGGCAGGGGGAGACACAGUGGCAAAGGUCCAGCAGCAGUCAUUUUCAAUGGUGUAUAUGCAAAUAUGAGGAUGGUCCAUGUCUUGACUUCAGUGGUGGGGACCAAGUGUGAGCUUAAAGUGAAAAAUGGAGCCAUCUAUGAGGGAGUAUUUAAGACCUAUGGCCCAGAGUGUGACCUGGUGUUGGAUGCAGCCCACCGAAAGAGUACAGAACCGAGCACAGGGCCCAGGAAAGAAGAUAUUGUAGAGAGCAUCAUUUUCAAGGCUUCUGAUGUCGUAGUUGUGAACUUUAAAGAUGUGGAUCUAAAUUUCGCCAGGAAAGUCUCCUCAGACACAGACAACUUCACAGAUGCAGCAGUGACUGGCCGGAUCAAUGGCGAGCAUAAAGAAAAAGAUCUUGAGCCCUGGGAUGGAGGAGAGACCCACAACUCUGAUAGCCUCGAGUCUCUGGAUACUGAUGUGUCUAAUGGGUGGGAUCCCAAUGACAUGUUCAAGUACAAUGAGGAGAAAUAUGGAGUCUUGUCCACAUAUGACAGCAGCCUGUCCACAUAUACGGUACCUUUAGAGAGGGACAACUCAGAAGAGUUCUUGAAGAGGGAGGCGCGUGCUGCCCAGCUGGCAGAGGAGAUCGAGGCUAGUGCCACGUACAAGGCCCGCGUUGCUCUGGAGAAUGAUGAACGGACUGACGAGGAGAAAUUCACUGCUGUUGUGCGAGGGGAAAGGGAGACUCACACACUUGGCAGAGAGAACAAGUACAUUCCUCCUGGUCAGAGAAACAGGGAGGCAAUGUCAUGGGGGCCAGGGCGUCAGAAUUCACCUCGUCUUGGUCAGAGCUCAGCUGGACCCCCCACUCCUCGACCAGGACCCCACGACUACAGUCCCAGUUCUGGAUCCGACCAGAGGGUGGUUAAUGGAGGUUCAUCCCAUUGGCCCUCACCCUGUCCAUCUCCUUCCUCCCGUCCCCCUUCUCGUUACCAGUCCGGUCCCUCCUCCCUGCCUCAUCGGGCAACCACGCCCACCAGGCCACCUUCCAGGCCCCCCUCUCGACCUUCCAGACCUUCCUCUCAUUCAUCCCACCUCUCUUAUCCCUCCUCUUCAUCCUCCCUUUCCCACCAUGGGCCCACAUCGCCAGCCUCCGCUCUGGCCAAACGCAUGUCUUCAGAAGGUCCACCAAGGAUGUCUCCAAAAUCUCAGCGGACGCCUCGUGCUCACAGAGUGCCACCCUGUCGGACCAGUGGAGUACCCCAAGGAGUGGACUUAAUUUCCCAUAAUCCCCCUGGAGAGUCCAUAGUGACUCCACAAACCAGGAGCAGCUCUUCCUCUGGAGGGACAUGGUCCUCAGUGGUUAGCGGAGCUCACAGACCUCGCUCCCCCCGACAGAAUAGUAUGGGUGGAGCUUCAGCUGGCUCCUCUUCCCUCCCAUCACCUCAGACAGGUACAGCUCCUGUGGAAACUGUUACUACUCCAACAUCAGCUUCCUCUCCUACUGCAGCUAGCCCUGCCCCCAGCAUAGUCACUUCUUCAUCAGGAGAUGCAAAAGAAUGUCGUGCCCAGGAGACUAGACAAACAUCUCCUACAAACAAGGAGAACAUCAAGCCUUUGGAAAGUUCACCUAGUUUUACAAGACAAGUUUGUAAAGGACCGCCUUCUAUACCAUCAGACCACAGAAAACAAAUAGAUAAUUUAAAGAAAUUUAGUGUAGAUUUUAGGUUGCAGUCUAGUUCCAACCCAGACCCUCCCUGUGAACCAGUGAUGACCAAGUCUGCUAGAGACCCUGCAGACAAACCUAAAGAUCUUCCCCUGGACAAAGCCUCCACAGUGGGGAGGGAGGCCACUGAAGAUGGUGUUGUAGUAAUUGCUGCUGGCACACCUAGUGGUACCCAUGCUCCACCGACUACCACCACAAGCACCAGUAAGCCUGGCAGCCCCGCUGCAAUGUCUCAGUCUCCCUCUGCUACUGACCAGAAGAGGCCAGGGCUUGAUGUGACGUCACAGGGAGUUCAGACGACGGCCACCUCAACGUUCAGCGGACCCAAGCAUGAAGAGAAGGAGGAGAAAAAAGAAGCAGUGCAGGAUCAAGUGAGAAAAUCAACCCUGAACCCAAAUGCUAAUGAGUUCAAACCCAGGUUUAAUACACAGCCCAAACCAGCCAACACCCCAACGCCUCCCCGGCCUCAAGGCCAGCCCAGCCCCUCCAUCGUGGUCCAGCAACCUCCAACUGUUUAUGGCCAGACAGUCUGUUUCCCCCAGAUGUAUCCGCUGACGCCAGUCAGCCCUGGAGUUCAGAAAAGCAUAAUAUGGAAGUCUCCCAUGUACCAGGUUCAGAUGCCUAUGACAGUGAGCCAAUCUAAACCCUACAGACCAGGUAAAGUACCCAACAUGCCCCAGCAGAGGUCAGACCAGCACCAUCCGCCAGGCACACCCACCAUGAUGCACCCAGCCACAGCAGCAGGGCCACCGAUUGUAGCACCGAGCCCGGCUUACUCAGCGCAGUACUUCACCUGCAGCCCACAGCAGUUCACCAGUCAGCAGCUCGUCCAGCAGAUGCCUCACUACCAGUCACAGGCACAGCAUGUGUUCAGUCCAGUGAUGCAGGGCAGUGCCAGGAUGAUGGCGCCUCCCACGCAUGGCCAGCCCAGUCUCGUCUCUUCCUCUACUACACAGUACCCAGAGCAGACACACACCAUGUAUGUGUCUCCAGGGCCAAUGCCUCAGCAGUACCCCCACCCUAGUGCCACCUUGCACCCUCACCCGCAGCACCCUCAGCCCUCUGCCACGCCUACAGGCCAGGCACAGCAGGGUGGACCACAACAUGGAGGCCCUCCUAGCCAUCCAGCUGCCAGCCCAGUCCAGCACCCACAGCACCCACAGGCAGCAGCAGCAGCAGCAGCAGCAGCAGCCCAGGCCCUCCACCUGGCUAACCAGCCUCCACAGCAGCAGAUGUAUUCGGCCUUGGCACCCACGCCACCUUCGAUGACCCCAGGGCCAAACCCUCAGUCCCCACAGGCAUCUUUCCCUUCUGCUCAGCAGGCUGUGUAUAUCCACCCACAGCAGGUCCAGCAUGGCUACAACCCCAACCACAUGGCGCACGUGCAGCAGGCCCAUAUGCAGUCUGGUAUUGUGCCAUCCCACCACCCGGCACCCACCCAUCCCCCAAUGAUGCUCAUGGCUACCCAGGGUCCUCCAGCUGGUCCACAGCCACCUAUGCCCCAGACUGCCCUUAACCCCAUCCCUGUUUCCUCAACCACACAUUUCUCCUACCUGGCACAUCCACAAGCUCCUCUUUACACCUUUGUGCAAACUGAGGCAAUAAGUGAGUACUCUUCAUGGCAAUGGUUGAAAUAUUUAGACUUCAAUUCUUUUUGCAUGGGGGGUGAGUGUCAUUAAUAGAUAUAAUGGCAGUUAGCUGGGGCAAUCACACAUAAUUUUAUUUUUUUAAUUCUUUGGACAGUUAUUAUCCCUCAGCCAUGAAAGUCUGAUGAGGUUCUGUCGUCACUCCCUGUGCAGGCAGGGGAGGCGUGGACACCCAAGUGUCGGUGCCAUGGAGAACAGCAAUGUCGUCGGUCAUGUUCAUGGACACAAAUUGUUUUUUCUGUUUUUUUUUUUUUUGUUACAGUCAGCUCAAAAUAAUGAAUUUUAAUAGGAAGUAAGAUUUCUGUGUGGCGACUCCCGCGAACACAGAGGCCAAGAAAAGGUAGCUUUGAAAGAAGUGGCAGCUGCUGUAUUUGACCCAAAUCAUAAACUUGGCGUGUAAAAUUUGUCCUGUGUAGGAAUUGAUUCAGAUGAGAAUUUAUCCCCUGGGAAAUAAAGCAAUAAAUAAAAGUUGUGCACAUGUUACACCUUUCAUCUGAUUCAGUUAAAAAUGACCAUAAAGAGGUGAUUUUUGUAUUAUUCCCAGCAGGCAAAUAUGUGCGUGGACACUGCUGACACAUAGGUCAGCAGUCACUGGUCAGAAGAUUUUAACAUAUUGUCAUAUUCUUUGGGACAAAGUAACAAGUGUCCAGUCAGUACAAGAAACACAUUUCACCCCUGAGUCAUAAAAGGCUGAAAGAUGUAAAGGUGGUAAAGGUGCAUCCACUGAGGGGCUAAUAACUAACCAGCUCUGAGCUAACUGCAUUUAAACACUGGUCGAAGGUGAACUGGUGACUUUCAGAUUGUGUUUUGUAAGGAAAACAUCUGUCCUCUAUUCGAUACACACAAUAAGAGCCAUGCAGAUGGUCGAGUCAUACUGUGGGCUUUGCAGAACCAUCAGUUAUUUAAAGAUAGGUCUUUAAAAAGAUUCAGCUUUGGACACAUGAUCGGGGUGAGAUUUUGAGUAAUGGUAAUUUCAGAAGAAACACACUUAUUUAUUUAUUUUUAUCAGAUAUUUAAUUCUCCUCAGGUUAAACCAGGGAAAACUCCGUCUUUAGGUGCAGAUUUAGAUGAUUGGAGGAGAAUUACUGGUUUGUUAUUUGAGUGUAAUUAAAACAAUAGUUUGUAUUUUGUAAAGCUGUCUAACGUG